AACCUGCAAGUGGAUUGGGAUGGGGCUUGAUCCUGUAAUAGACUCAAGGGGAAUCCUUUUUGCUGUGAAUCUAGGAUGCCUAUUGCUUUUGCGCUUUGAGAUGAUAUUUGUGGAUAGCUUCACCUACAGAAAGGGAUCUUUUUCUGUCUUGCUGAUGAGGACCAGGGCAAUGAGUGGCUUGUCCAAGGCUGCUCAGUGAAUCUGUGGCUGAAAUGGGUAUAAGUUUCAUGGAUCCACAAUCCUGUAAAUCUGCUGUGCUGUCGUCUUCAUGCAGAUGGUACCUGAGUAAAGACCUAACUUUGGGGUAGCUUCUUCCGACCCUCUGAUCCCAGAAGGUCAUGAUGCAAGGAAAAGAUGAGCUAUUUGGAGAGCAGCAUUUUGAACUUAAACCCCACCGCCCACAUUUCCAACAUCAAAGAACCUGAAAAAAACCUAGUCUUGGAUUCAGGUUCCUGUUUGUUGCAUUUGAAAGUUCCAGGUCAAGAGACAAUGGAGGAUAGUUGAUACUGAAAGGCAAUGAACAGACAUACACAAAGAGUAUUUCAUAGAUGUUCUUUGAGGGGGACUCUACCAGGUUGUCCCGUGGUGGCACUAGGACCUUGCGGAAAGCAGACAGCCUAGCCCUGGAUUCCAGGCUGGCUUGCCUUGGUGACCCUUAUGUCUCAGUGGCCCAGCAGAUGGCACCCCCAAGUCCCAGUGGCAGCAGCAACAACAACAGCAGCAGCAGCAGCAGUGGGCCAGGUGGCGGUGGUGGCGGCGGCGGCGGGGACCAGCUGAGCAAAACAAACCUGUACAUCCGGGGACUGCACCCUGGUACCACAGACCAGGACCUUGUCAAGCUGUGCCAACCAUAUGGCAAAAUUGUCUCCACCAAGGCCAUUCUGGACAAAACGACCAACAAAUGCAAAGGCUAUGGCUUUGUGGAUUUUGACAGUCCCACAGCAGCCCAGAAGGCAGUGACUGCACUCAAGGCCAGUGGGGUGCAGGCCCAGAUGGCCAAGCAACAGGAGCAGGAUCCUACCAACCUCUACCUUUCAAAUCUGCCCCUGGGCAUGGACGAGGCUGAAUUGGAGUCGAUGCUGAAGCCAUUUGGACAAGUCAUCUCCACACGCAUUUUGCGCGAUGCCAGUGGCACCAGUCGGGGAGUUGGCUUUGCCAGGAUGGAGUCCACAGAAAAGUGUGAAGCUAUCAUCACCCACUUCAAUGGCAAAUAUAUCAAAACACCCCCAGGGGUCCCAGCACCUCCGGAUCCAUUGCUUUGCAAAUUUGCUGAUGGCGGCCAGAAGAAGCGCCAGAAUCAGGGCAAAUAUGUGCAGAAUGGACGGGCUUGGCCACGAGAAAGUGAUACGGGUGGGAUGACCUUGACCUAUGACCCCACAACGGCGCUACAAAAUGGGUUCUACACAACGCCCUACAGCCUGGCUCCUAAUAGGAUGAUUGCCCAGACUGCACUCUCCCCUUAUCUCCCAUCACCAGUCUCCUCCUACCAGGUUCACAGCCCGUCGUGGAUGCACCAUCAGUCGUACCUCAUGCAGCCCACGGGGACAGUACUGACACCUGCUAUGGACCAUGCGAUUUCCAUCCAGCCCACCUCCAUGAUGGGGCCGCUAACCCAGCAGCUGGGCCACCUGUCCCUCAGUAGUGCUGGCACGUAUAUGCCAGCGGCAGCAGCUAUACAAGGAGCCUACAUCCCCCAGUACACACCUGUGCCUUCCUCUAGCGUUGCAGUUGAGGAGAACAGUGGCCAGCAGAGCCACGUGACAGUGGAGUCCCCAUCGGAUCAUGCUGCCUACUCGUAUCAGUACAACAAGUAACAACAGCGCCAUCAAGCAGCUCAGCUCUGAGCAAUCACUUCGAGGGAGACAAGUUUUUUUUUGUUUUUUAAUUUGUGCUGCAUUUAGAAGAUGGAACCAUUUUUGUUUUGUUUUGUUUUUGUUUUUUGCAAAGAAUAAGGUUGUUUUGGGUUUUUUUUCCCCUAAAAAAAGAAAAUAACUGCAAUAGACUUUUAACACCGAGGAACCAAAGGAGGUUAGAGUGGGGUGGAAAAGAUAUAUACCCCCAACCCUUAGAUGUACAGAUGGACUAAGGACUAUUUUAAUACGAGGAAAACAUUUUUGUGUGUGCGCGUGCGCGUGUGUGUGUGUUUGCGCGUUUUUUUUUCUUGUUAACAGCAAAGUCAAACGCUUUGGAUGCCACAGAAUUCCCAGAGAAGAACAAUUUUUUUCCUUCCCCUCUCCUCACUCUCUCUCUCUCUUUUUGAAAGAUGGCUCUGCUCCUCUGGGAGGAAAUGUUUUGCUCCUUUGAAUUUGUUUUAUUUUUAUUUUGUCAUUUGAAAUAUUUUUUAAAGGACAAAUAUGCAAAAGUGUUUGAAUAUUUUUUUGUUGUUUUAUAAGGAAAAAAAUGCUCUGAGAAAGCCCCACCUUGCAGCUGUAGGAUAAAAAUCAAUGCAGACUUCUUCUUCUUCAUCUUUUUUCCUUCUUCUUCCUUGGGGUGGGUAUUGGGGGGGAUUUCGCUUUGAAAGGAUUAUUUUAUUAUUUCAAGAGGGUAAUUUUUUUUCUAAAAAAGACAAAUUUACAAAAAACAAAAAAAGGAAAUCUACAAAAAAAUCUACAAAAAAAGGAAAUCUACAAAAAAAAAAGUGGAACUUUUGAUGGCAGCAAGAGGGGUUUGACUAGAGGAUGCAGCUGGUGGCUUUUGAGGAACGGAGAUGUUUUUGGCAUAAACUCUGCCCCAGCCGAGAGAGAGAGAAACCCUUUGCUCCAGACCUCGAUUUCUGCCCUCGGCCCUGUCUGAUGGGACCGGUUCUUGCUGGAUACUUUGGACUCUGAUUUGAGCUUCUGCGCGGACCCUUCUUUGCUUCCACAUGGAUCUUCCCCUCGCCCACCCUGCCCUGGAUUAGGGGAACAAUAAACUGAUUGAGGAAUCUGCCGCCCGUGAUGUGUCAUCGCUUCCGGACUUUCGGACACUGAAUGGACACGUUGCCAGCAGCAGUGUGCCCCCCCCGCCCCGCGCCCUCCCCGGACACACACACACAGUGCCUUCUGCCGCCUGUGGUCUGGACUGUGCUGCCGUAUGCCCCUCUCCAAUUCCUGCAUGCCUGUCAAACCCAGGUGCACAGUGCGUCGAUUCUCUUGACAAGCCAGUUGGGGGCAGGCACUGAUGCUUUCAGCUGGCGGGGAUUGGGGGAGGUCUGUUCUGGUUGCUUUAAAAAAACAAACUAACCAGGGAGCAUCUAGCACCUUGCAGGGGAUGGCAGAGCUCCUUCCCGUCCCCACCCCACCCCAAAUGGAGAUCCUAGCGACUAUGCACGUCCCCCUCUUGCCCCCCUUCCCCACCAGCCCUUGGUUGCUGGCUCCCCAGAAUCGCAAUAGCAGGAGACUAUGUGCAAUAAUCUGGCCCUUCCUACAGCGCGUUUCCCUGGAGAGCUUCUUGAAGGUACCGAGUGCUUUAGAUCCCUCUGCAUGCUUCCACUCUGUUCCCCCCUCCUCACCUCAUGUCCCCGUUGCUUCCCCAACUAGAUGGUGCUAAAAGUCUUACCCUCUCUUCCUCCACCCUCUCACCCCAGCCCGGCUGGCAUGACGCUGUCCCUCCCACCAUGUUUUUAAAUGUUGCUUCCCACCCCCAAGGAUGUCAUCAUGAGAAACCUUGUUCCCCGCCCUCAACUCCCCUACCUUUGAGGAAAUAGCUCUUAUGCAGCUGACAAUCAGGGAGGACUAAUGACGGAGGCCAUACGGGUGUCAAGUGUGCCAGGAAGAGAGAGAGCGUGUAUGUAUGUGUGUGCGUAUCUGGGUAUGAGCAUCACAUGUACUGGGGUGCUUGGAGGGGGAGUGAGUACUAGGGUGUCAUUCCUGUUUACCUGGGUUGGUGUCCUUCUCAGGGCACUUGUAUUUGUUGGUUUGCUUUUAAAGGCUUUUUAGUGCUGCCCUGACUAUGAGAGGGGUCAGGCUUAUCUCCUAACAGGAAUGCUUGAGGUUAUGAAACAAGGUAAGGGUUCAUCUCAUCCCAUCCCAUCCCAUCCCUGCAUGGUUCCCCAGUCGUAGGUUUGUGUGUAGUCCCCUCUCUGCUGCUACUGCCCUUGACUGGUCGUGGGACAAGAUUGUCAAGAGGUAGGAGGUGUAUAGGGGUCUCUGAGAUCCCCUCAUUGACACCUCAGCUGCCAACAUGGAGAGUAAGGGAAGCUGCUGGUCUUAGCUACUGGGAUUCCCACCUAACUUCAGUCUGCUGCAUCUGCUGCCGGCAUGCUGGUUUGGGGCUCCCUGUCCCAGCUCGGCGCUUUGUGGGAAGUGACUCAAAUUGACUGGAUGAUUUCCUUCAAGGUGCUGAGCAACACUGAAGUGCCUUCAUUUGGACAGAGGCGCUUUCUUCCUUCUUGAAAUGCUUUUCUGGCCAAGCUGACUUUGGCAGUACCAGGUGUAAUAACGGAGAGGGGAGGAAGGGAGACAAAUUAGGACCAAAAAAGAUCAGCAAGAGUGGCCCUGACUCCCAGCCAACUGAAUGCAGCCAUUCAAGAGGCAAAGAGUGCCAAACACAUAGGGCCUUGCCCCAUAGAGAUGUUGAGGAGAGCCACAUCUCCUGUGUACGUCAUCAUAAUCCUGCCACCCAACUGGCAGCUUGCAAAGGGGUACAAGAAAUGAGAGCUGUGUGUGGCAGUUUUAUGUUCUGACUCUGUGAUGAUGUGUUUACGGCACCCUAUGUUGUUCUGUUUCUUCCUGUACUGUAAAAGGAUUCAGGAAUGGUCCAUGGGCUCUGAGUAUGCUCCAAGCGUUAGGCCAUCACCCCUUUCUCCAGGGGAAUGUGGCUUAGAGGAUGGCUUACCUCUGUAGUAGUGCUAGGAAAGACAAAUACAAAGCAAUAAAGCCCAGGGUGCAAUCUACGUUCAGCCCCAAAUCAGCCCACGGUACAAUCAAAGGUUGUGACCAAAAAUAUAUAUAUUUAAAAAAUGCAGUCCUGAGUACAUUAAACUGGGUGUGGGGGUCACUCCCACUGAAUUCAUUGGGACUUACUUCAAAGUAAAGAUGCACAGGAUUGUAUGUAAGGAAUACUGUAAUGUGUGAAAAGAUCCAGCUAUGAAAAUCCAUGCAUGGACAGAGUGGCUGGCAUGAUGCACACUGCAUCAGGGCUGUGCUGUAGGGAUGUGCAUGGAACAGAUUUUGCGUUUUGUUUUGAGCUCAAAACAAAAUGCAGAUUGCCAAAAUGGUUCUUUGAAACAGCGGUCAACCCGAUUGUUUUGACGAAACAAAACUUGAAAUGUUUCGAGUGUUUCGGCCAUAGGGAACAAUGAGGAAACUCGAAACACCCCAUUGUUCCCCACGGGCAGCUCCUAGGAGCACCAAAGUAGGUUGAGUGGUAGGGCAUGAUGGGUGCUACCUACUACCCAACCUACAAAAUAAAUGAGCAAGCAGGCGAUUUUAAACAAAUUUUUAAGAAGCAAGGAGAUCACAAGACAAAUGGAAGCCAGUGCCAGAAAACCAAUCAGCAAGGGAAAAACAGGCCUCCAAAAUGUCGCUUGAAACAUCAGAACGUUGUUUUUUGGUUUUUUUUUGCCUUAUACUUUUUAUUCAGAACGUUUCAAAUGGAAACAGGGUUCCAAGCUCAAAACAAGCCCUUUAUUUAAAGGGCAUUUUGUUUUGAGCUCGAAAUGGUCUGUUUCAGGUCGAACUGUUUUAAAUGUCAACACAUUUUGCACAUCCCUUCAGUUACUCCCAGUCACAACAAUUGUGCAACCACUCAUUUUCCACAGCGUCUGGGCUGCCUUAGGAGUUCACAGCAGCCCCGACAUAGUGCUCGGUGCCAGUGGUGCUGGACUGCUGUGCAUCAUGUCAGCCACUGUUUGGGGCACCUAAGUGGUGUGAUUGCAUAUAUGCAACUAAUAGCUCCUGGCAAAACUUAUCUGGGCCCCAUUAAACUGGCUGGAUGCAUCUUUCAACUCCUGUGGGGCAUACACAUCCGCAUCUGAGGUGGCCAAUUCAGUUGCUAUAUGUGACCUUCGUUUGUCUUCAGCUAGCAUUUGAUCAGAGCCAAGGGAUUGCAGGUAUCCUGGAUUCCAGAUUUGCUGUACCUGUUGCAGAGCAUGUCCUCACCAGCCCAUCAUUCUCCAUAAAGUCAUUUCUGCUUUCAAAAUUGGACUGGAGUUUUUAGCCUCCUCAUUGUAAAAUCACCUCCUCCCCAUGCCUUUUAUGAGUUAAGACAUUUUUUCAGCCCUGCGAGCAAGUUCCAGAGAGGAGUGUCUUUUGGAAUGUUUGGUCAGUGACAGGAUUGUCAUCUUGUGCGUACCUGAAUUGGGAAGCGGCUGCCUGUAUUUAACAGCUUUCAUAAUCUGCAUACUUAGGAUGGAAAAACCAAGGCUGAGCACUCAGAUGUUACCAAAUGCAACUCUCCCCCCUCCCCAAAAAGGGAGGUUAAUUUUCAUGUCAGAAUUAAUGCAUAAGAAUUGACCCACGAUAGUUCCAGUUUAAUUUUAUUUGCAUCCGGUCUUCCUCUCACUAUCCUGAAAGACUUACAUUUCACAUAGAAGACAUUUGUCCCAAUCCGGAAAACACACGGUAUGUGCUGAAAAAUAGCCCUGCCUUAAGACAAGCUGAACCAGAUGCACAAAAGUGUACAGUGCAGAGCUAAAUGGAGGACUUCCAGCAAGGCAGCAACAUACUUGUCACCAGAAGCUGCUGUUUUCCAGUACAAGUGCAGGUAACUGUGGGGGGUCACACAGUGUAUGAGCAGCUUGAAGCUGCUGCUCUGCUUUUCUAGCUCAGGGCAGCUGUCAUGGAUGCCACUUAUGGCCCCAUCCUACAGAAAGGAGUCCAAGGGAAGCAAGGGCUGGUGACACAGUGGCAAGGGAGAGCAGAGUUGGGGGACAUAAAGACAGAAGAGGAGCAGAAGGUGUGGAAAUGAGCUUAGCAAUGGGGAGUGGAAGUGGGAUGGGGUGCAAGGUUUGGGGGCAGUUGGGCUAGGGGUACAGUUGCAUGCAGGGGCAGUGUGUAGGAAUGUAGGGUUGGGGGAAGAAGCAGGGUGUGUGUGAGUGUGAAUGUAGGCAUGCGAUUGCUAUGGAGAUGGCUACAGGCCACACACCCUUCACUGCUGCAAAGCUUCCUUGUGAUCCAAAGCCCUGUUCUCACCUUGCCCAGCCCCCUUCCCCCAAAGCACUUCCUAGCUUUUCCCCGCAAGGGGCACACCCACAAAAGUCAAACCAGCCAUGGGACUUGGGUCAUGUUAUUACCCUUGUAUCCCGUCCUUCCCAUUCUGGAAGAAAGCAUGGUAGAAGACAUGGUGCCCCCCCACGUCAUUCAUUGUCCUCAAUGGGCUAUGGGGGCCAGCUUUUGACCAUCACUGCUCUGCCUCAAGGUGCCCACUCAGAACUGGCAGGAAGGCUCCAGGCUUCCUCACGGUAGCUCCUUGGCCCCUCCCAUGAGCCACAGGCUGCUGCAGGGGGCCUACAGAGGAGACCCUGCCCAGAGCUGUCGGCAGCACCUACACGGGGGCAGGGAGACCCCAGUGCUUUGGAGUGCUUUGCUACAAGUUGGCUGUCACUGACAUGGAGCAAGAGCAGCAGGCCUGAGCCAGGCUCUGGAAGCCUGCGUGCCUGGGGUGGGGGCCAGGAGUGUGCCCCUCUGAGCUGCUAGAUUUUCAAUCUUGUGCCUUGAUUUCCCCUUUCCCAUUCUGCCAGUGGGGGGAACCACUCCCUGCACUUUAAACUUCCAGUCCAGUUAAGGCCUUUCCCCAUCCACUCCUCCCACCUCACCCCCCCCCCCAAUCUGCAACACUGGGAACCCAGAGCCUUGUCCGGCUGUGCACCAGCAAGGCCCUGUGUGCUCUGCCUCAGCCUCCCUCUGCACAAGCUACCACUACCACCCCAUCUCCUGCAUCAUGCUUUGCUCCAUCCAGCCAUCCACCACGCUGGAGGAGGAAGCAGCCGGCUGCCUCCAAAACCUGGCAGACUGUAGACAAGCCUCAAAUCUUUAGUCCCUCUUCAAUGCUGGUAUUUUUAAAAGCGAGCUCCCUCUAUCUAUCCACCCUCCAUCUAUCAACUCCAUGCUUGCAUCGAAACCCGUCCUCCUUGGAAGUUGUUGGUGCUAUUUAUAUUUUUUAAAAACCGGUUCAGAAACUUCCCUUCAUUUUUACACUCACCAUUUCCAGUUUUUGUCAUUCUUAGCUACACAUCUACCUCACAUGCUCUUGCAGUUCAUUUGUCUAUCCCGAACCGGCAAACUGCACCUUCUCCAAGGGACAAGCUCCCCACCUCAUCCUCAGAAAACCCUCUGGGCUCCUCUGCUUUGUUUCAGGGGGAGAGAAAAGGGAAAUGUUUGUUUUAACAAAAAAAUUACCCGUGUUGCUGCUACGUAUUGGAAACUUUGUUAAAUGUACCGUAUUGUGCUCCUCUCCACCCUUUUCUUUGUUAAAUGUGUUAUGCAGACUUACUUGGUUUCAUUUGAUCUUGAGCAGAAAUCAUUUGUCCAAAGGGAGGACAGUUUGUGGCCUUGCCACAGAAUCCUAAACAUGGCAAGAAUCGACGUAAAUAAAAUGGCCUCCUUUUACGCUGAACCUUCGUGCUCCAAGGCCUCUGUGGCUGCUCUGCUUGCCCUGGAGAAAAGGUUUCCACCGAGGUGAAAGGUCCAGGAAUGGCACCUGUGAUCAUUGUUCUUUAAAAACACUGGUGAUGGCCACCGCCUUUAAUUUAAAUAAUAAAAACUUGCCAAAGCCAAGGCAGUGGCUUAGUUUGAUCCAUCCUGAAAAUGCUUGAACUGUCAAGGCACAGCAAAGGCAAAAUACCUUUAAAGCAGGUUGCCAUGAAAGGGGACAGACUUCAGCCUCUACACCCUCCUAAAGAUUUAGUCAAAUUUGGCAUUGACAAGAAUCUAGCAACAACAACAGGAGAGAACUUGCUGGCCCCAAAUUACAGAGCUCUGCCUAUAUCAUAAAUGCUCUAUUUCUUAUUUUAAAUUUCUGAGAAUUGAAGCAAAUGCAACUGCCCACAUCUAGCCAGCAACAUUAUUAGCAAAGUUACAGGGGAAGUUGCAAUUUUGCCUAAAGUUGUCAAGGUCUGUAAACACCACCAGAAAUUAUGAAUGAGGAAGAGGAGGGGGGAAUACUCCAAUACCAUUGUAUUAAGGCUUCUUCAAACCUUUAUGCCUGGCCCGUAUGAAAGGCUAGAGAGGCAGAUGGAUCAUUUGUCUGACCUGCGUGAAGGCUGUUCUAAGUUGCACAAAGAGGUUGCACACACUUUCCAGAUACACAUUCCCAAAUUGAGAGAUGUAAAGCAGCCAUCCUUGAAACUUGGGAUGACUCUUCUAUCCAGGAAGGGAAUGAUGCUCCUGACAAAUGCCAGCUCAACAUGUACUACAUCAACACUGGCAACAAGGUUAGGCAAUCCUGACUAGCCACCAUUUAAUAUUCCAAACCAGUCCAGUCGCAGCAGGACAUACAGACUCUAGGAACUGUGGUCUCCUGCUUAUGUUAUUGUCAGGGACUUGCUUUUCCAGAGGGUCUUUGGCAGGGUUGUUUUUGGAGGCAUGGGGAGUAGAAUCCACAUUUUGUCUUCCAGUAGUUGCUGCACUUGGCCAGUGACAGAGCUGAAACCAUUUGUGCAACUAAGAGCUAGCAUUUCAGUGGCCAAAAUGAGGAGGUACAAACACCGCCUCCAUGUACUUUGAUUAUGUAUGACAACACCACAAGUUGGCUUGAAAGUGGGGGGGGUGGGGGGGUUUGGCUUGGUAGUCUUCCUGUAUGUCUUCCUCAUCACUAGCAGAGAAUGCCAGUGUGGAGUAAGGUUUAAAUGACAUUAAAAUCUGCUUUGAUCCAAUGCACAAGGCGCCAGCCUAGCCCCAUCUCGGACAGCUUUCUAGCUUGUCUGCACUCUCCUUAGAAGCAAUAUGCCCUUAAUCAUUUCGAUGGUUGCAUUGAUGCCUUCCCUGCAGCAAACAGCAAUAGUCAUGUGCCCGAAGCAACAUACAUCUCGUGCUGGUUGAUGUCUAUACAUGGUUCCAGGCUCUCUUAAUGUGUUUUAAAGCACUCAGUAGCCUUUCUGCAUAACACUGGACCAUGUUAUCUUUAAAAAGAAAAACACACCACACACUUGCCAUGGGUAUGCGUAAAUCCCUUGCAAAAAGGUAUUUGGCACUCAAAGCAACAGAGGAGAAAGCACUCUCCUCUGACCUCAUUUUUGACUCAAUCAAAACUCCAUUUUUAGGUUAUUGGAACUCUCCAAGGCAACCCUUCUGAGCUUCCAUUGGCCACAACAUGGCGAGAGUUCUCGACUCCUACCCCUCCCACCCCCGCUUCAUGUCUCACCUAGUUCAUUUUACCUGCUGGUUUUAUUUAUAUACUUAGGACUAUUUGUACAGGUUUUUUUUUUUAAUUGAGAAGUUUCUAUAGUUUUGUAUCUUCCAUGCUACAGCCAGGCCUGCUUCUCUCUCAACCCCGCACACCUUCGUCCUCUGUGGAGCUAUGACUGGUCUCAUUUUGAACAAUUUUUUGUUUUUAAAUAAAAUAUGGAAAAAAAUUGGU